AUGUCCUUCGACCCCCUCGACUUUUUGUCGCCCGUGCAAUACGUCGACACCGAGCCCGUGCUUAUGAACGUGUCCGAGGAGAAGUCGCAUCUCCCAGCACUGCACGUCAUGGACCUCCCACAAGUAGGCUCGCGACCGCCGGCCUGUGUCCUGAAAACCAUCUUGUAUCUGCUCAAAUCAGACGACAUCUGCAAUUUUGGACAAACUCCACAAACGCGGUCCAUAGAGACGGUCAAACGAGAGCACCCUGCUAGUUUCGCCGCUGCAGAGCCGUGGCUCCAGACCCACUGUUCGCUGCUGUGCGCCAAUUUUUCAGAUUUGGGUGCACUGCCGACAAACGACAUAGUGUCGUAUCUCACCGGCAUUUGCGGAUCCUCGCUUUCAUGGAUGGACGCUGCCGACCGCGAGGACGUGUGGGCACUGGCCUCGACAAUCAUCUCGGAGAAGUCUGGGCGGACGGCCGCGCCAGGGUUCACACGGAAAAUCACAGUAGAUGGACUGCCUCCAAUCUGUCUACGAGAGCCAGCACUGACGAGUGAUAACCUUGGACUCAAGACCUGGGGAUCGUCGCUCAUGCUGGCCCGACGGCUGGUUAACUUUCCGCGGCUAGCAGAGCCGAUUCUCGAGCUCGGGGCAGGAACCGGUCUGGUAGGGAUUGCUUGCGGACUGCUGGGGUAUAAGGAUGUUGUUCUCACAGACCUGCCUGAAAUUGUGCCGAAUCUGAAAGAAAACAUCCUGCUGAACCAGCUGGAUCUUCCCUGCGAGGUCCUGGAUUGGAAGAACCCGCACGCUUUCGGUAGCAGAAAAUUUGCAACCGUCAUUGUUAGCGACCCCAUUUACUCUGCAGACCAUCCUGUCUUAGUGCGCAACGUGGUUGAGCGUUUUCUGGCGCCAGAAAACGCCCAACUUCUUGUCCAGCUCCCUCUGCGGCCACGGUACGAACGGGAACGCGCGCAUCUGUGGUCAAGGGUUUGA